AGUUUAUGAGCAUUCGGAUUGUCCACUCACUCCAUAGUCCACACUAUAUGUCCGUGUGACUACACAUAUUACUAGGACAACUGUAGUUGGUUUCACCAACUGCGUAGUGCGCCACCAUCCAUAUACAUUUAAAAAGUAUUGAAAUGCUUUGACUUCGUAUAGUUUACAGAAGCAGUAUCUUUUAAUAAGUACCUGUCAAAAUGACAAAAGAGGGAGUUUCCCUACCCUCCAAUGUGGCCAUCAUUGCUGGUAUGGCCGCGGGAAUCAUUUCUAUGGCUUUAUUGGACAUGUGGCUGAAUCGACAUGUCGAAGAAUCUGAGGACCCUGUCGAAGGUUUAAUGGAGAUUGGCAGGAGAUUCUCAGAGAAAUAUGCCAUAGCGACGGAAGACUUGACCAAGGCGCGCCAGAGAUUCACAGACGAGGCAGAGAAAGGCCUUACAGCACAUGAUGAAAGCGCGGAGCUGAAGAUGAUUGAAACGUUCGCUUCAAGCGGCACUGGGCUCAAGCGGUUGUCUCCAGGGCCCUAUGUGGUUUUGGAUAUUCAGCCGGACUGCUUUGAACUGCUGCUCGCGACGUUGUCGAGCAAGAAACAAAUCUCGGUGUCUCGCAGGAAACGAUUUGCCGUUCCUGAUAUGUUCCAAAAGGGAAAAUCCCAAAAUCUUUUUGCCCUGUACGCAUCUUGCAUCGCGACGCACUUCCCAGAGUUCGUUAAUGCCCAAGACGCACAGGUGCCAAUCAGUGUGAGUUUCCCUCAGCCCUAUAAUCAAACGGAACGCUCGCGAGGCACGAUACUUGGCUGGACCAAGGGAUAUGACCUGCCUGAUGCUAUCGGGAAAGACUUCAACGAUCUAUUGACUGCCGAGCUAAGGAAAAAGCGAGUAGAGAAUCCGAUUGUCGCGCUGGUCAACGACACAACCGCCACGUUCGCUGCGGCCCGCUUAAAAGGCAACAAGUGUAGGAUAGGUGUGGUUAUUGAACAGCAGGGCACGAACGCCUGCUAUCUGGAGCGUCUCUCCGACGGACACAAAAUCACCAAAGGCGCGAGCGUAGCUGUGCCAGGCGAUGCCAUUAAAUAUAAACUUGUGAAUACACAAUGGGGCGAAUACAAAAUGUCGGCAUCCAUCAAAUUGCUUGAGGAAGAAGUGGCCAUAACGAGAGGCCUACAAAAUGAAUACGACUUACUGACAUGUGGGUCUACAGUGACAACCUUGAUUGCGAACGAGUGGGCGCAUCUUAUCGAUACUGAACAGAUCAGAAUUGAAACGCCGAGCAACAACCCCCUGGCCAGGCUUAUGUUGGAAAACGUCACGUUCAUCGUCAGCGACUAUACCGCAAGUAUGUGGAAAACGGAACGACUUCUCCAAGAAAAGUUUGGUAUCCGCUGCGGCCUGUGGACGCGCCUGCUGCUCAAGCAACUGUGCGAGAUUGUGCUGAAGCGGUCGGCUGUACUGGCUAGUAUAGGUGUAGCGUCUCUGGUGCACCGGUCUCAAGACAGCGGACAAUGCGCAAUAGCUCUACACGGGGGAUUAACGCAGGUGCCCGGGUACAUCAAUUAUAUGGACCAUGCCUUGUCCCUAGCCUGUCCAGAGAUAGAGAUUUCUUGGGACAUCCACACGCGCACAGACAUCAGCUGCACCUCGCUGGGCACAUCGGUGUGUGGCGCGGCAGCGGUGGCUAAUCGACUCACUGGCAACCAACGGUGAUGAGAAUGGCGAUAUAACUAAAACCCUAAUAUUCGCGAAUAAAGAGAUAUCAC